AUGGCAGACAGAAAAAAGAAAUUAUCUGGUGCACAGUAUCGAAAACGGAAGGCUGAAAAGGAAAAGGAACAAGGCAAGCAAGAAGGUUCAUUUCUUAAGUAUCUUCGGCCACAACAUCGGGAUGAUGAAGGUAGCUCCACUUCAAAGAUUCAACCUGAGACUGAAACAGAGACAACAGUUUUGUCUACAGCCUCACAAGCUGACAAAGAGUAUGAGGAACAUACUGAAGAUGUUGAAGAGGAACCAUGUGAAGUCCAGCUGGAUCAAGAAGUGAUACAAAGUGAAAGUAGCUCCAGCUUCAGCUAUAGUGACCCUGCUACCUGGAUAAAGUGUGAUGAUAAUUUACGACAAAUUUUGGUGGAACAUGGGCCAGAACAGGUUCAGCAGUUUAAGUUUCCUAAAGAUGCCAAUAAGAGAAGAUUUCUAACAAAUCAUUACAAAAGAAGACUUCCUAAUGGAGACCUAAUGCACCGUCAGUGGCUACAAUAUUCUAUAUCAAAUGACUCUGUAUUUUGCUUUUGUUGCAAGUUGUUUAGUAAUUACACAAACCCGCCAUCAUCUCUCUCUGAUAAAGGAUCCAAAGAUUGGAAGAACUUCACUGCAAUUUUGUCACAACUUGAGAGAAGUAAUGCCCAUUUGGUCAAUUUUCAAAACUGGAAAGAGCUUGAAAUACGAUUGAAAAACAAAAAAACAAUUGACGAAGAACAUAUGCGCAUUAUUAAACAAAAGGAAAAGUACUGGCAGCAAAUCCUUGAACGAUUGAUUGCUUUAGUGAGAGUUCUUGGUAUGCAAAAUCUGGCCUUCCGUGGAACCAAUGAAAAAUUGCACACAGCUGGAAAUGGGAACUUCCUGAAAUUUAUUGAAUAUCUUGCUUUGUUCGACCCCGUAAUGGAUGAACACAUUCGUAAAAUAAGAGAUAAAGAGACCUAUGUACACUACCUUGGAAAAGAUAUACAGAAUGAACUAAUUCAGCUUUUAUCCAACACUAUCAAAGAAGAAAUUCUUAAAUCUGCUCAAGUUGCAAAGUAUUUUUCUAUAAUUAUUGAUUGUACACCUGAUGUAAGCCACAUUGAACAAAUGACCAUGAUCCUUCGCUUUGUGAACAUAGCUUCAUUUACUGAUGAUUGCGAACCUGUACGCAUUAAAGAACAUUUCUUAGGAUUUCUGCCACUAAAGGAAACAACUGGUGCUGGUAUGACAGAAAUUAUCAUUCACCAGCUAGAAGAGAUGUCAUUGCCUGUUGCACAUUUACGUGGUCAAGGCUAUGAUAACGGAAGCAAUAUGAAAGGGAAGGAAAAUGGUCUUGGUGAUAUUUAUGAUGCCCUAAUUGAAAUCUAUAAUGACAAUACCCUCACUGGAGCAUCUGGCAACACCUCAAGAAUAGAGGCACAAGGUCUUGCAAAAGGCAUUUCUAAUUUCAAGUUUGUCAUUUCUCUAGUGGCUUGCAUUACGGCCCUGGUGGCUUGGUAUGGUAUAUUGUUUGAUGUCAAUAUGACUAGCAAACAGCUUCAGGCAAAAGAAUUUGACAUACAUAAUGCCAUUAAACAACUGAACGAAACAAAGAAGUUUUUUGCAGACUGCAGGAGUGAUGAAGGGUUUGGGAAAGUACUGGAAGAGGCCGGUGAACUUGCUGAGGCACUUGGGAUACCAGCACAGUUUGAAGCAGAUCCUGUUCGCAUUAGUAGAAAGAGGAAGCAGUUCAUAUAUGAAGCAGAGGAUGCGCCUAUUCAGAAUCCUAAGGAAAAGUUCAAAGUGAACCUUUAUUUUGCUGUGCUUGAUACAGCUAUGCAAUCAGUUGAAGAAAGAUUCACGCAGAUACAUCAAAUUAGUUCUGUGUUUGGCUUCCUCUAUAAUGUUCACGGUUUACAGAAUAGAACAUCACAGCAAAUUAUGGAAGAUUGUUGCAAGUUAGAGCUAGCUUUACAACAUGGCGACUCCAAAGAUAUUGAUGCUUCUGAUUUAUGCAGUGAAUUACAAAGUAUUGCAAGGCGGGUUCCAGAGUGUACAUCUCCACAAGAUGUAUUCAACUUUUUGUGUAAAAAUGAGCUGAUAGAUGUUGUCCCCAACACAUGUAUUGCUCUUCGCAUCCUUUUGACCCUCCCUGUGUCUGUGGCCAGUGGCGAGAGAAUUAUUCCAAGCUAA